AGUAACAUUUAUAGUAAUUUGCAUUCAUGAUAGUACAGUUAACGGUGGAUAAGUGAGGCGAUAAGUCUAAGACAAAAAUGCUGCUCUAUAGUGUUUUAUUACUUUGUGUUGUUCUAAUUCCAACCCUCGGUAUUAAACGGGUAAACUCUGUGGAAAAGUACUUCAAUGUUUGCAGACGAGACAAUCCAAAGAUCGAAGAUUGCGUUCGAAAUUCCAUUGAAACACUUCGGCCACGUCUUGUAGGUGGUAUAAAUGAAAUUGGCAUUCCUCCUUUAGAGCCUCUGCAAAUUCCCGAAAUAAAAUUAGAAGAAGAUACAGGAGCAAUUGCUCUUUACUCUUCAUAUACAAAUAUUUCUAUCCAUGGACUAUCCAAAUGUGAAAUUCGUGAAAUAAAAAUUGAUUUGGAAAACAAUUACAUGCAACUUAAGGUGCACUUCCCAAGUCUGGAGUUGAAUGCAAAUUAUAAAAUAUCUGGAAAGAUUAUGAUGAUGCCGUUGCAAGGAGAAGGUCUUUGCAAUGGAAAUUUUACCGAUGUAGAUGUCACCAGCUUCAUAAAAACAGGUACCGACAUGAGGAACGGUAAGGAACACCUCACAGUAGAGGACAUAGGUGUUAAUUUUGAAAUUGGAAGUACAAGCGUGAACCUGGACAAUUUAUUCAAUGGAGACCAGGAUCUAGGGUCUGCUGUGAACAAGUUUUUGAAUGAAAAUUGGCAAAGCAUAAUGACGGAAAUCAAGCCUACGUUAGAGGACAAAAUGGCUCACAUUAUAAAGUUAAUCGCCGCAAAGUUAUUUGAAACUUUUAGCUAUGCUGAACUAUUACCACCAUAGAAAAGAUACUCUUAAGAUUGGAGCCUUUUUGUUGAGUAUUAGUGUUAUUUUAUAUUUCUAUUGUGUUUAAGUGUAAUUUAAUGAAUCUCGUUUCUAUUGGUAACCAUUUUUAUCUCAAUAAACAUUUUUAUCACCAAA